AUGUCUGCUUUAAUCUCUCUUCUCCUAUGGAACACUCUGAGACGCCCAACCUGUUCUGAGAGAAGCCCGCUCCCAGCACCUGACCUCCUGCCACAGGACUACGCAGACGACCUGCCAGCCUGCUUAGCCAUCAUCAAAGGAGACCUGAAGGGCAUCGACAAGGAGCAGCUCAGAAGACUUCUGAAAACAAAGAAUAAGCCCAAGCUUCUGUCUGAGGCGUUCUACCACGACCUGACCCGAAACUGUAAAACGUACGUUACAGACAGAGGGUUCGUCAUGAUGCCGCUGAGUGUGGAGGAGAGAGACUUACCCAUCGCCUACUCCAUGGUGGUCCAUGAGAAGAUUGAGAUGUUUGAGCGACUCCUGCGUGCAGUGUACACACCUCAGAAUGUAUAUUGCGUGCAUGUGGACCAGAAAUCCUCAGAGGAAUUUAGGACUGCAGUAAAGGCUAUUGUGACUUGUUUUACCAAUGUGUUUGUGGCAAGUAAGACAGAGAGUGUGGUUUAUGCAUCGUGGUCUCGAGUGCAGGCAGAUCUAAACUGUAUGAAGGACCUGUUGAAGUCACCUGUCCAGUGGAGGUACCUGCUCAAUACCUGUGGAACAGAUUUCCCCAUUAAAACCAACACAGAGAUGGUUCAGUCACUCAAACUGCUCAACGGGAGGAACAGCAUGGAGUCUGAGACCACCGUCGACUAUAAGAAACGCCGGUGGCAAUAUCAGCACAAUAUAACCAAUAACAUAGUAGUCAGAACGAGCGUUACGAAGAGCCCUCCUCCAAUCAGCACCCCCAUGUUCUCCGGAAAUGCCUAUUUCGUGGUCUCCAGGGACUUUGUCCAUCACGUGUUUGACAGCCAGGAGGUUCGGGCCCUGCUGGAGUGGGAGAGGGACACCUACAGUCCUGAUGAGCACCUGUGGGCCACUCUGCAGCGCAUGCCCUCAGUGCCAGGGUCUAACCCUCCUCACGUCAAGUACCAUGAAUCAGACAUGAACGCCAUCGCUCGCAUGGUGAAGUGGAGUUACCUGGAAGGAGAUGUGAGGAAAGGAGCCCCAUAUCCACCCUGCUCCGGUGCCUCCAGGAGAGCUGUGUGUGUCUACGGGGCUGGAGAUCUCCGGUGGCUCCUACAACACCACCACCUCAUCGCUAACAAGUUUGACCCAGAGGUGGAUGAUGUAGCCAUUAGAUGUCUGGAGUCAUACCUUCGUUUCAAAGCAACAUAUGGUUCAUCUGGAAGUAUCUGGAAAAAGCUACGAAAUGAGAAAGGGUUGCACAUACAGUAA